UGUGUGGUGCCGAAAGAGAAGACGAAGUAUUCGAUUAUAAUUAGCCCUGCAGUUUAUACCGUUGCGUGCGUAAGGCAAACUACAUAGUAACAGAAUCGGCCGCCUGCGCGACCCCCGAUUUCUCCCCAAGACUUCGAUUUGCAAUUCAUUUAAUAGGUAUAAAUUCUUCAUGCGCGCAACGAUGCGCACAUCGCUCGCCACUUUCCUCGUUAUCGCGAAGAUCGCGUGUGCCGGACAGCCUGAGAUCAAUAGGUCCAUAGCCAGAGCAGACGAGUCGUUUGAGGUAAUAGUCAAGGAUGCGAUUAAUGGCCCCAAGGAUGGACUCAAGAUUACGCAUAUGAAGCUCGGGUUGGGGAAUUCGAUGAACCUUCAAUGGAUGUGUACUCUAACAGAUUACAUGCCCGCGAAAGACGGAAGAUAUAACGUCACUGUGCCGGCUGAGGUAGGACCUCAGGGGUAUUACUACGACGUGAGAAUGAUUCUUUUCGCCAACGAUUCGACGGUCAAGCCGUAUGUCUUCGGCGGAGUAUCAGAGGCAUUCUGGCUUACUGGUGGAAAAGGGAGAAUUGUACCAGCCGAGAAGCCUGAUAUCCUUCAAACGGGGCUGUCGAACAUGGCGUCUGUUGACCUACCUUGCAAGAGCUAUCCUUGUGCGCAAGAGUGCGCGGAGAAAGAGUUGACGCAUAAUCCUGCAUGGAAGAAAGGAUCGAAAUUCGUCAAGUGCCUCGAAGCUUGCGAAGGCGUGUCCGUGGAUGAGGAUUCGUUAGUGGGUGAAGAUAUCUUGACGCAGUUUGAGAUGAACACUGCGUCGAUCACCACAACGCCACUACCCGAACCCACGAGGAGUUGCGUGGCGAGCGAUUACGAGACACCUUGCGGAGAAGGUUGCUGCGAGUCUGGGAACUAUUGCUAUGAGUAUGAGAGGUGUGCUCAUGGUCCUCGCAUGCCGUUCUUAACUGAUGACCUCUUGUUCGUCUCUACCGCAACAGACAGUGCGAGCUCAGGGGCGGCGUCAUCUGCAUCCACAGCAACUGCGGCGACUUCGAACGAAGCUACAGGAACAACAAUUACAGGUUCUUCAGAGACUGGAGCAGCAAGUUUGAAUGAAAUGGAUUGGUUGUUAGGAGCGGGAGUUGGAAUAUUUGGUUUCGCAGGUCUCGUCUAAGAGGACAUAGAAAGUUCUAAGCACCCCACAAUAUCAAAAACUAAUG